AUGCCGAACCAAGGGGGAACUCGUCUGAAUUUUGAGGAACCAUUAUUACGAGAUGGUAAGCUGAUUGCUCAGGUAGAUAUGGAGGAGAUAGAAGUUGAAACAUCAUUCUGGAAUUCAACAGUGGUUUGUAUUGUCCUUGGAUCCAAUCCCCCUUUUGCUGUGUUUGAAGGAUUUAUCAACAUAAUUUGGGGAAAAUUGGGUAUUGAAAGGAUAGCUAGAAUGAAUGCCGGCUAUACUCUUGUGAAAUUUAGGGAUGAAGCUACUCAAGAUAUGGUGUUGGAAGCUGGAGUCGUCCAUUUUGAUAGGAAACCAGUAAUCCUGAGGCCGUGGCCUACUGAUCUAAACACGAUGAGGUUAGUGAAAUCCGUUCCUAUAUGGGUUAGAUUGCCUGGUCUUGGGUUGCAAUAUUGGGGUGUUAAGUGUUUGAGUGCCCUAGUUAGUACCAUUGGUAAACCUAUGUUAGUUGAGAAAGUUACUAAAGAAAGAUCAAUGGGAGCUGUUUGGAGGAAAAAAGAAGAGAAGACUGGGACUCAGCAUGCCGGAGAAGUGAUUGAUCGAAACACCACUGAACCCCAUUUCGUCUCAAUUCCAAAUGGUACUGAUGGCGAGUUAGUCUCAAAAGAUACCCAGAAAGUUAUUGCUAAGGAGGUGUGUGCUACCAAAGAUGGGCAUGAUUCAAGUUGGUUCACUCCUAAACGAGUAGGGGGUGUUAAACAUUUGGCUCCUGCUUCUCAGAAUCAGAUGAAGAAUACUUAUAGUGCUUUGCAAGAUAGGAUAAUGGAGGUCACGAAUUUGAGAUUAUCUACUACAAACAUUUUCAAUGGAGGAUUGCAACAUACUUGGUUGGAAUCUAGUGAAGGAAGGCUUCUUCUGGUUUGGCAGUCUAAAAUUGUGUUAGUUGAGGUGUUGCAGGAAAGCGAUCAGUUUAUUCACUCUCGAGUGAAAGAUUUGGGAUCGGGUAAAGAGUUCAGUUUGUCUUUUGUUUAUGGGAGGAAUACGGUUGAGGAGAGAUAUCAGCUAUGGCAAACUUUGACUGGUCUGUAUUUUCCAGUUAAACCAUGGCUUUUGGCUGGGGAUUUUAAUUCAGCUUUUGAUUUUGAUAAUCGUCUUGGUGGUCGUGCUGUUACUGAUAUGGAAAUGGCUGAUGCUCAGAGGUGGAGGGCUCUUGGUAUGGUUGAUGAACUUCGCACUAGUGGUUUCCAUUAUACGUGGUCGAAUAAACAAGCUGCUGAGGCCAGAAUUUUUUCCAAAUUGGAUUGA